UUGUCCUAAUGGAUGCAAACCUGGCUAUUAUGGAGAAAAAUGCACGGUAAAUUGUUCUGAUCAUUGCAAUGGCCGCACAUGCAAUCAAAGUUCAGGGGCUUGUCCUAAUGGAUGCAAACCUGGCUAUUAUGGAGAAAAAUGCAUGGUAAAUUGUUCUGAUCAUUGCAAUGGCAGCACAUGUAAUCAAGGUUCAGGGGCUUGUCCUAAUGGAUGCAAACCUGGCUAUUAUGGAGAAAAAUGCACGGUAAAUUGUUCUGAUAAUUGCAAUGGCAGCACAUGCAAUCAAAGUUCAGGGGCUUGUCCUAAUGGAUGUAAACCUGGCUAUUAUGGAGAAAAAUGCACGGUAAAUUGUUCUGAUCAUUGCAAUGGCAGCACAUGUAAUCAAGGUUCAGGGGCUUGUCCUAAUGGAUGCAAACCUGGCUAUUAUGGAGAUAAAUGCAUGGUAAAUUGUUCUGAUAAUUGCAAUGGCAGCACAUGUAAUCAAGGUUCAGGGGCUUGUCCUAAUGGAUGCAAACCUGGCUAUUAUGGAAACAAAUGUGAAAGAAACUGCAGUGGAAACUGUAAGCCUCGGGAAGACGAAGCUCAUUACGUCUACUGUGAACAGAAAAGUGGAAAGUGCAUGAAUGGAUGUGUGCCAAGCAAAUAUGGUGAAACCUGCAACAAGUCCUGCAGUAAGACGUGUGUUGGUGGUACAUGCUACCGUUCAUCGGGGGGCUGUACCUAUGGAUGUGAUACUGGUUGGAAAGGAGACUUCUGUGAUGAAGAAUGUUCUUCUGGUUACUAUGGAAACAACUGCAACCUGACCUGUGGGCAUUGUAUUGAAGAUUUCGGGUGUAAUCGGUUCACUGGAGCAUGUCCUAGCAAUAUGUGUGCCAGUGGUUUUACUGGAAGUUUGUGCAUGCAAGCAGUUAUUGACCCUGCGCCCUCAACAGGGGAGGUAACAGUGAUUUCUGUGACUGCAAUACUAGCUGUUGUAAUAGUCGUGCUUGUUGCUGUCAUUAUUAUUGUUGUUUACAGAAGGCGCAGAACAAAUACACGCCAUCCAAAACAGAAAGGUGACUACCACAUGGUAUCAGAUUCAUCUUCUAACAAUGGCUUUGAAAUGAAAGCCGUAAGAAACAAAGGAAAGAAAAAAGCAAUCAAGAGGAAAGCGAAAGAUGACAAUAAAGCCAAUGGUGAAGACACAAAAUCAGGCAGCAAGGUUACAGAUGAUACUGAAUACCAGACGUUGAUACCAAGCACAGAAGAAACUGUUAUUAAACUGGCCAACCUUUGGAACCAUGUUCAGCACAUGAAGAGUGAAAACUUGUUCCACAAGCAGUUUGAGAAAUUGCCUUCUGGUCUUGUAAAGCCAUGUGACAUUGCUAUGAAGCCAGAGAAUAAAAUGAAGAACAGAUACAGAAAUAUUUGUGCUUAUGAUUGUUCCAGAGUUAUCCUCACCUGUGAAGCUGAUGACCCUAAUUCUGAUUACAUGAAUGCAUGUUAUAUAGAUGGUUUCAACACUCCAAAACAAUACAUUGCAUCUCAAGGCCCAGUUGAUGUUAACCUGAAUGAUUUCUGGAGAAUGAUUUGGCAGCAAAAUACCUCUAAAAUUGUCAUGUUGACAAAUCUUGUGGAGGAAGGACGAAUCAAAUGUAUUACAUACUGGCCCGAGUUGAAUGACCAGACUGUCCAUUAUGGAAAUAUUGAAGUCAAAUGUACUUCGGUAGAAGUCCUUGCCCACUUCACUGUUCGCACCUUCAAGAUUCACUGCAUCACAGAGGACUCUUCUCCAAGGGUGGUUAAACAUUUUCAUUAUACAUCAUGGCCGGAUCGCGGUGUUCCUACCGACAUAGCCUCUCUGGUUGAGUUUUACAUCAAGGUGGACAAAACAGCAGCACACAAUUCAGAUCCUCUGGUGGUACAUUGCAGUGCUGGCAUUGGUCGGACAGGAACGUUUCUUGCUCUGGCGUACCUGGUUGAAGCCUCAAAACAUCAGGAUUUUGUGGAUAUUUUUACCUGUGUGAGCAGGAUGAGACAUGAGAGAGUGAACAUGGUUCAAACACAGGAACAGUAUGAGUUUUUGCAUGAUGCGCUGGUAGAAGCGAUACUGGCUGGCAACACAACAGUCUCGUCUGUUGAUUUCCUGCCCAAACUUGAAGAACUGCAGACAGUGAAUCAAGACACGGGCCUCGUCGGACUGAGAGAACAGUUUGAGUUACUGAAUAAGGUCAGCCCCAAAGACAGCCUGGAUGAGUACACAACUGCCAAACUACCAGAGAACACGUCUAGGAACAGAUUUAACGACAUCUUAGCAUCAAACUAUUACCGACCCUACUUGUCGACACCGGUGGAAGGUGGUACAGACUACAUCAAUGCUGUCAUUUUGCCAGCCUACAAGAACAAAUGCAUGUUCCUGCUGACACAGAUGCCAUUAAGGAACACCAUUGUUGACUUCUGGAGAAUGAUCUACGAGAAUGAUUCACACACCAUUGUCAUGCUUAAUGGCAUCACCCAGCAUCGACAGAAUGUUGGAAUUUAUUGGCCAAGCACACCAACUGUGUCCAGGUAUGGACCUUUUGAAGUGGAAAAUCUGCAGCACGAGGCGACAGAGUUCUUCAAUAUUAUUACAUUAUCUCUCGAAAAAUGGGAAGACAAUAAAAGCCAUAAGAAGAGAGAAAUAAAGUUGUUCCAGUGUGUGUUUUGGCCACAUGGUCAGAUUGUUCCACGGUCAGCUGUUCCAUUGUUUACCAUAAUGGAAAAUGUUCAAACAGUGCAUCAAGGUGGACCAGUUACAGUUCACUGCAUUGAUGGUGUUGAAAGAUCUGGCCUGUACUGUGUUCUGACAGCGAUUAUUGACCGACUAAAGAUAGAACAAGAUGUUAGCAUUGUACAGACCAUCAACCAAAUGAGAGCAUGCAGAAAUCAGCUGAUCAGAAGUUAUACACAGUUUGAGUUCUGCUACAAAGCUGUGCAGGAGUAUUUUGAAAGCUAUUCCCUGUACUCCAACUUUGCUUAAAUCGGCCUCACAUUGUGUUUUAUCAUGUGUCGAGAAAGCGGCAAAUAGUGAUUGCCGAGCAGGAAUUGCUUUAAACAUGUAGCAGCUUGUCUAGAAUUGUAACCAUAGCUCCACUGUAAGAGCUGUCUGGUUGGGUAUCAAGGAACUUGUCUGUUUAAAGUUAAUCUUAUAAAAUUAUGAUACAGUUAGUACAUUUAUUUGAUAUACAAGAAAUAUAUAGUUAUAUUUUAAAAUUUUGUUUUAUCAUUUAAUGAUUUUUAAAAGUGUGGUUCAAACUAUGGCAAUUAAAUAAACUGAAAAGGUUUUUACAAACUAAUAGUUUUUCCAUUCUGCUGUUUUGAGAACAUGUCCUUAAAUAUAAUAUCAUUUUAAAAAAAUAUUCUAAACUUGGGACAUUUACUGAAUAGAUAAAAAACAGAAAUUAAUAAAUAAAAAACAAUUUUUAUCCAGUUUGCCUUUUAAAUGCUAUAAUUACAGUAUUACAUAUUAAAUAUAUGUGAAUAUGACUGCAGUCUCUCAACACUAGGUUAAAAUGGUCAUAGAUAGUAAACAACACUAAAAUACUUUCAUAAAUGUUUCAAAGUUCUAAAUGAUUAUAGCAUAUUAUUAUGUUGUGCAUUUGUUAGUCAUCAACUUUAGAAGUCCACUUUAGGUUUUAAACAAAUACAUAUUUUUUAAUAUUGUAUUCUAACAUUACUGUUACUGUUACUUUUUUAAAGUGCCUAUAUUCAAAAGAGUUUCACACACUAACAUUAAUAAGUUCCAAAUCUGUAGUUUCUCAGGCAGUUUUGAUAUAGUGAGUGUUAAGUGUAUUAAAUAUAUAUUUAAUAAUAUCAGCAGAAUCUUGAUGUUUAGCUGCUUUGUGUUCAGUGAGAUGCCCACGGUGGUGGUGUAAUGUUUCUCCCACCCCUGACAUGCUGGGGUGUCAUUAAACCUAUGUUCAUUCAUUCAUUCCCAACCCUGAAACCAGCAAGUUCACGAAAACCGAUCAGUGGUGUAGAUUGAUCCAGAAUGUGUUUAACAUCAAGUCUACAUUUUCUGAAUAUUACCUUGUAUCAAUUGUUCACUGCUUGUCCAUCUUUAUUUUAUACAUAUGCAAGAUUUAUAGGCAGCUAAUUUUUGUGAUUGUGUUUUUGGUACAUUUUAGGCAUUGUGUUCUGAAACUGUAUGUUGAAAGUGUUCAAGAGUUUUAUAAAGAAUGUCAAGCUUCUUUUAAUGAAGUGAUAAUAUUUUUAAAGAUGAAUUUUACCUUAAAUUUUCAUGAAAUUAUUUUAAUGUGUUUAUAUUGCAGAUUGAACCAUCCUUCCUAUUUCCCCAAACCAUAAUAAAUUUAUGUGCUUAUAGUCAGUUUAAGUUGAUUAUGUCUGUAUACAAAUAUUAUAUGAUCAGUUACAAUCUACUACAUCUAUGUUUAAAUCUGGUUAAUAUAUUUAUAUAUAAAGAGUUCAGGCACAAAACACGAUAUAAACCAUUUUCUAUCUAGUUUUUAGGUAAAGCCAUUAUUGUAUAUCAGUAAGGGCUAAUCAUAGGCCCGAUGAUUUGCUGCAAAAUGUGAUUGAUCGUUAUGAAAUUGUAUUUGGUAAAUCCCGGGUUUUUUUUUAUCGAAACGCGAUAUACGCCAAUUUAAAAAAUCAGUUUUACUGAAAAUGAGAAAUGGAUAUAUCGCGUUUUGCGCCUAAACUCUUCAUAUAUUAACCAGAUUUAAUCAGUCACUCAAGUGUCUUUGUAAAACAGGUGGUUGCUUAAUUCAUUAAUACAGAUUUGGUACUAUAGGCAGACCUGUCAACCCUCCCGGAUUCAGCGGGAGUCUCCCGGUAUUUGAUCAAAUCUCCUUUCACCUGUGCGGGAGACAGUUUCUCCUGUUAAAUGACA